GUUUCUGUAUGUGUGUAACGUUUGAUGUCGUUUUUGUGUUUCUCUCACCGCUAACUGUGUGUGUGUGUGUAUGUGACUCUCUAUCAAUUGGACCUAUUUUAUGGGUUUUUUUCCAUUGAAACAAACAUUAAUUUCCGAUCCUUGAUUUUUUGUGGUUUGAAAAAAUCAAUCAAAGAAUAUUCAUCAUCUUUUGGUGAAAUCAAAAUAUCCAUUGUGUGUGUUUGUGUCUUGUGAAUUUGUGUAUGUGUGUCUGUGUGCUGUAUGUGGAUUGUCUCUCUAUUCACUGACUAAUCGAAUCUUUUAUUUUCGCAUAAUCUGGUGAUUUCUUCAAUUCAAAUUGUGUGCAUUGUUAACUGUUUUUGUGUGUGUGUGUGUGUAUCAUUUAAUUUUGAACCAUUGAAGAAUCUACAUUCAUCAUCCAUAUAUAUUGUAUUGAAUCAAGAAUUCUUUCUUUUCUGUUCAUCAAUCGCCAAACACUGUUUGAUUCCUUUGUUAAUAUUUUAUCAUUUCCAAUAGGUCAUCAUUAUAGCUUCGUCAAAGUCCAUUUCAAACCAAUUAUUUGAUGCAAUGUUUGGCUCACAAAAAGCCUAUGGAGCAAAUAAUCAACAUCAAAAUAAUAACAAUUCCUAUGGCAAUAACUAUUCAUCAUCGCAAUCAAAUGAUUCAUUUUGGGGAAAUCAACAACAACAACAACAAUAUCAACAAACACGGUCAAACAACGUUGACAAUAAUCAAUUGAAUUAUUCGUCUGCUGCUGCUGCUGUUAUUGCCAAUGAUUCUCUUUAUGGUUACCAGGCUAAUGCUAACAUUGAUUCUCGUUCAGAUAAAUUGGCUCCUAAAUCCGAGAAAUAUGGUAAUUUAGCUUCAUUUGCAUCAUCGGCAAAAAAGUCAACAACAUGGGCAACGAUUGCAUCACAGCCAGCUAAAUCGCAACCGAAAUCAUUGAAAUUGACUAAAAUGGCAGGAUUAACUGGUACGACAUCGAAACAUUUACCGCCAACAGUCGCAAUGGAUGCCAUGUGGGAUUCACCCAAGAAUGGUGUUUCAAGUGGAGCAAGUAAAUCAAUCACAGGUCCUUUACCUACUUCUGCUUCUGUGAUUACUGCUGUUCCGUCUUCAGUGUCUCCAACAGCAGCAGCAGUGGCACAACCAAUGUCUGAUGAUCUUUAUUCGCCGGUUUCGAAUAUGGUCGAACAAUUCCCCUCUUCCGAUAAUGAUCCACCACUUCCGUCAGCUCAACAACCAGUAACCAGAGAAAAUUCUUGGAACAGUACCAAUAAUAAUAAUAAUAAUAAUAAUAAUGGAAACAGUUCACCUGUAGGUUCGGUUGCUAAUUCUACGGAUUCAAUUCGACCAACCUAUGCAACGUCGGUGCCCAAAUACAAUGAACACAAUGGUAAUAAUAAUAAUAAUAAUAACAACAACAAUCAUCAUCACCAUCAUCAUCAUAGUCAAGCUAUUUGCUCCAACCCGAUGUAUGAUCAACGUAAUAUGAUGGAUUAUCCGCAUCAUCAUCACUCACAACAACAACAACGACCACCAGUAAACAAAUCACCGAUGGAUAAUAAUAAUCACAAUCAAUCCUUUGCCAACAAUAAUAAUAAUAACAGCAGCAGUAGCAGCAACAAUUCCGAUGCACGCUAUCCAACACAUGAACAACUUCCACCUCCUCCAGCAAUGAGAGAUCUAGAGCCAGAAGAAGAUGAAGAGGAUGGUGAUGAUGGCAAUGACGAACCAAUCAAUGCAAAUGAUGAUAUCGACGACUUGUCAUAUGCGUUGUUGGAAAAGCUGCGUCUAGAAAACAAUUACAAUCCAAAAGAGUUUGAUUUGAAUCUACGUCAAGCACGAUUUUUCAUAAUCAAAUCAUACAGUGAAGAUGAUAUUCAUCGUAGUAUUAAAUAUUCAAUUUGGUGCUCCACUGAACACGGCAACAAGCGAUUGGACAAUGCAUUUCGUCAACAAGAAGACAAAGGUCCAAUUUAUCUGUUCUUUUCCGUCAAUCGCUCAGGCCACUUUUGUGGAGUAGCUCAAAUGAUGUCGCAUGUUGAUUAUGAUGCAUUGUCGGGCGUUUGGUCGCAGGACAAAUGGAAGGGCCAAUUCAAAGUGAAAUGGAUCUAUGUGAAAGAUGUACCAAACGAUGAGCUUAGGCAUAUAACAUUGGAAAAUAAUGAAAACAAACCAGUGACAAACUCAAGAGAUACACAAGAAGUGCCCUAUGAACAAGGAAAAAAAGUGAUGACCAUCAUACACAAUUACAAACAUGCCACAUCAAUUUUUGAUGACUUUCUUCAUUAUGAAAAGAAACAAAACGAAGAACAGAUGAACUAUUCGACGCCAACCAAUUCUUAUCAUCAUCAUCAACAACAACAACAACAACAUCAUCAUCAUCACCAACAACAACAACAACAACUACAACAACCACAGCGAGCAAGACCAAACAUGUCUUUGCCUCCACCGUCACAUGUGAACAAUUAUUAUGCCAAUGUCCCGAAACCGAUGCAAUCAAAUGUCAAGAAUCAAGCACUACCACUUUGUCAUGAAUCGAGUAAUGGUCCCAUGAUGCAAAGCGGGCCAUAUCGUGGCAAUAGCAACUACAAUAACAAGUCGAAUCGUGGCAUGGACAACAGCAGCAGUGGAGUGCAUGAUUAUCGUAACAACGAUGGAUAUUCACAACCACCACCUCCGCAAAUGGCGAUACAGCAUCGAAACAAUUUCCGUAAUAAUAAUUAUGGUGGUGGCUAUCGAGAUCGUGAUUAUAAUUCAUAUUAUCAACGAGAUAUGGGUUAUCGAGGCAGCGGUGGUGAUUAUUAUCAACCACCGCAAUCGCAACGUGAUUAUGGCCAUCCACCACCAGUCAAUGAUUAUGGUGGUAGAGAUUAUGCCAGUAACAGAGGAGGAGGAAAUCAUCAUUCAUGGAGAAACUAGAUUAAAUUAAACUAAUGAAUUUGGACGAAAAUCAUGGUUACAACAACAAUUACACUUAUGAUGUGUAACAUUUGCAAUUCUUUCAUUCAUUAAUUCGGCAACGAACGAUUAUUAAUUUCAAAUUAUCUGUCUCUUGUUUUUCGCUGCGACAUGCGUUUUGUCAUGAUCAUUUUAACCUAACCACAAGCAGAGCAUACACUCGGCAUACAAAUACACUUUUUUUUAAAAAAAAAUCAACAACUAUAUUGGAUAAUUUACAACCAUAUUAUAUUUCCUGUUUUUAUCCUUAAUGUAUUCCCUCGCUGCCCAAGACAUUUAACACACACACACACUUAUCCAUGAUUAUGAUGUACACGGAAUUUUUUUUUUUUUUUUUUUUUUGAAACAACAAUUUAUUGAUAAUCAUAAUUUGAAUUUGAAUAUAUAAAAAUUUGGCUUUCCAUUAUUUUUCAGGCAUUCAGCAACCAAUUUCCAUGCCAAUCUAACUAAUUGAACCGUUGACAAGCUGCUGUCUCUACAAAUUACCACAUGAUUAUUAUGUUCGAUUUAUUUAUUAUUUCAAUUCCAAUAACUGAUAAUUUGUCUGCAUAGAUUCUGAUUACAAUUUAAAAUAAUAUAUAGACAACCAACUAA